UUCAAAAUUGUUUCAUUACCUCUAAGUUACCUACAAUACAGUCGAAGCUACGCAAUCUGUAACACUGCUCACACAUUGCCAAAUCCCAUGAAAAUGGCCACCACCAUCAGUUUAUCAAAAUUAGAUGGAUAACAAUAAUUGGAGACCUAAUCAAGGUACUGAAGCCAAUAUGGAUAUCAGUGAUUGGAGAGGUGGCAUGCAGCAAGAGUCACGCCAAAGAAUUGUCAACAGAAUAAUGGACACGUUAAAAAGACAUCUUCCUAUUUCUGGUCAAGAGGGAUUGCAUGAACUUCAGAAGAUUGCUCAAAGGUUUGAAGAGAAGAUUUUUAGUGCUGCAACAAGCCAGUCUGAUUAUCUACGAAAAAUAUCAUUGAAGAUGCUUACAAUGGAGACUAAAUCCCAGGGCAACAUGGCCAACGCUCCAAAUCAAGGUGGUCCAAGUAAUAAACCUCCCAAUCCAGUUCAUUGGAGGAUGUGCAAGAGAUGUGGCAACAUGAGGCGAUUGGCUUGCUCCACCUGCAAAGGAACCAAGUCUAUUAGAGAAGGGGGAUUACUUGCCAUUGGCAAGUGCAUUGGACUUGCUAAACAUAGAGAUGAUCGUUGGGAAUUGGCAAUUGCUCCAGGUGUCUCACCAUCAUCAAGAUAUCAGCAUGCAGCGAAUUUUGAUGAUGUCUUGAUUCCUGAAGACCAUGUAAGUAGGAGCUAUAAUGACACUUACUAUGUAGACCCUCAGACUGUUUUAAGAUGCCACACAAGUGCUCAUCAGGCAGAAUUAAUUGAGAAGUGGUCACACUCAUUUCCUUGUUACAGGAGAUGUUUAUCGUAGGGAUUCAAUUAUUUGCAGCAACAGACUUAAAGAAAUGCCUUGAGGGUCUAGCAAGUCAUUUAUUUGUUUUCCAAGGGUCAAUUGGGAGUCAAAUUUAAGCCAUUUUCAAAGGUGCGGUGAGAAGCAAUAAAAAGGAAACAAAAGUGGAACAAAUAAUUAUGUUCUUCAGAUAAGACUUUCUUUUGAGGUGAAAUAACUUUUGAGGUAGUAUCUUCGGAGUGAAAACCUAAAGGAGACUUGAAGCCUUAGUGAAGGAGACAAGAAAAGGAUGAGAGAAACACUUGGAAGGGAAAAGAUGCGCAAUUUUUAUUUAUUUGAGUUGUAAUUUUUACUUGUUUUGCUUCUUGUAAUCUUGGCCUAAUUAGGUGUCUUGGGGGAGCCUUUGGUGUUCAAUCCCAUCUCCUAAUUAGAACCUGAACCUUAAUUUUUUAUAGUGAAGCGCAUCUUAGUUGGUAAGUGCUUUGAAGGUUCUAAGUGCCUUCUAGCCUUUCCAUUAGGCCGCAUAGUUUAGCUUAUUUGUUUUCCUUUUUGCUUUUUGCUUAAAGUUUAGGGCUUUCAAACGUAAUUUUCUUUUGACAAGUUUGGUGCAAGAUGAUAAAGGGGAGUUUUUAAUCUUUGAAUUUUUCUCAAUUUAAAAUUGAUUCCACUUUCUCAAUUUCAAUUUUUACUAAUCAAUUUUUUUCAAAUUCACUUCCUCCAAUUGUUUUAAACUCUUGACUAGACUUUUCAAAAUCACACUUCGAGUUGCUGUUACCUUCUAGGUUACAAUUAGCUCAAAGUAGAAAAGGCACUUUUGUGAAGCGGCUUAAAUAAAAUAAGGUCUUCAUCGGUUCUUUCAUUUAGAUAUAUUUUGUUUGCAUUACAUAAAUCUUUUGAAUGUUUGUUUGAUGACUAGUGUAGAUAGAUCUUUGAUACUUGGGGAAUGAUAUUCAGGUUGAUCAAUGAUAAGAAAAGGGUCUUGUAAUCGAGAAACAUGAAUAUUUGAGGACAAAUCUUUUUCUAUUCUUAUAGAAUUAGGGUUUUGUUUUUCCUUUUUGUGAGACACUUGUAGGGCUUCCAAGGCUACAAAUAGGGUGUCUUCCAUGUAAAUCACUAUUGAAUUUGAGUAUUGUUAUGUGGUGAAUUAUAUGUCAUUACUCAUUUUAGGUUACUAAGGACAUAACACCUCUCUUAGGUUUCCUUAAGUUACCAUUACUUAAGAGUUUGUCCAACCUCUCUCCAGGGCACCCCAACAUCAUCAUAGUAUCUACUUACUUUAGUCAUACAGUUUGGCAUCACAUCAAAACAACCAUAUGACAAACAUAUUUUCAAUAUCAUCAAACUUAUUCCAACUAACAACCAUUUAGGUGCCUCAAUGUGUAUCAUUUCACUAUAGAUUGACAUCAACCUUGUAUGCGUUCUAUGGAUUGAAAAAGUGUAUCAUGUCACUAUCAAACGAAACAAUGCUAGUUUAUGAGCCUCAAUGUGAAUCAAAAAUUACUUUGUACUUUGUAUGAAUUUGACAGCAUAAAAUAUACUGUUUUAUUCAAUCUAAAAAUCGAAGUUGUAGUUGUGACGCUAAUUUUGAAAUCCCUAUAUAACUUGAGUUGGGCAUACUCCCUAAAUGGAACUGAUGAAUAGCACUUUGAUUUUUUUUAGUACAUAGUGCAAGUUCUAAAAGGGUAUAUUUUAGGUUGUACCAUGAGAAAUUCUCGAAUUGCACUUUGAUUUUCUUGGUUCACUGUGCAAAAUUUGUUUGGGUAUAUUUUUAACUGUGCUACCAUAAAUAGAAUUGUCAAUGUGAACAUUGACUUUCGCAAUAGAAAAUUUUAAUUUGCCCCUUAAUAUUCGAUAUGUUGGUGAAUUACUUUUGUCUUUUGUUGGGCCAAAGAAGAAGGAUUUCAAAUUAUAAGUUGAGUUCAUAUUUAACUCCCUAAAUAGAACUGAUGAAUAGCACUUUGAUUUUUUUUAGUACAUAGUGCAAUUUCUAAAAGGGUAUAUUUUAGGUUGUCCCAUGAGAAAUUCUCGAAUUGUAUUUUGAUUUUCUCGGUUCACUGUCCAAAUUUCGUUUGGGUAUAUUUUUGACUGUGUCAUCAUAAAUAGAAUUGUCAAUGUGAACAUUGACUUUCGCAAUAGAAAAUUUUAAUUUGCCCCCUUCUUAUUCGAUAUGUUGGUGAAUUACUUGUUUGUCUUUUGAUGGGCCAAAGAAGAAGGAUUUCAAAUUAUAAGUUGAGUUCAUAUUUAACUCUCUAAAUGGAACUGAAGAAUAGCACUUUGAUUUUUUUUAGUACAUAGUGCAAGUUCUAAAAGGGUAUAUUUUAGGUUGUCCCAUGAGAAAUUCUCGAAUUGCACUUUAAUUUUCUUGGUUCACUGUGCAAAUUUCGUUUCGGUAUAUUUUUAACUGUGCCACCAUAAAUAGAAUUGUCAAUGUGAACAUUGACUUUCGCAAUAGAAAAUUUUAAUCUGCCCAUUCUUAUUCGAUAUGUUGGUGAAUUACUUGUUUGUCUUUUGAUGGGCCAAAGAAGAAGGAUUUCAAAUUAUAAGUUGAGUUCAUAUUUAACUUCCUAAAUGGAACUGAUGAAUAGCACUUUGAUUUUUUUUAGUACAUAGUGCAAGUUCCAAAAGGGUAUAUUUUAGGUUGUCCCAUGAGAAAUUCUCGAACUGCACUUUGAUUUUCUUGGUUCACUGUGCAAAUUUCGUUUGGGUAUAUUUUUAACUGUGCCACCAUAAAUAGAAUUGUCAAUGUGAACAUUGACUUUCGCAA